UCGUCGCGUAUUCCUGUCCUGUAUAACGAUAAUACUCAACGCUCCACGUAUUAUCGUCGAUCUUAUUUCCAUCCAUCUACAGUUUUUUUCAGAUAAACCAACGCCAACUAUGAUUUCAUUAUCGAGGCGCUCAAUAUUACGCACCCUUUUGAUCACAUCCCCACUCAUCUUCAUCGGCCUGUUCGUUUCCCUUAAACCUUCUGAGCCAGUUGAGGAUGAAAGUGCGGCUAGCAAAGCACGGUCAGAAACUCUUGUAUCGCAGAAGCAUGGAAAUUGGUGGAAAGGCAUCCAUAGAGGCGCGAACUGGAGCCCGUUAGACUGGGCAAAGAAUCCGAUGCUCAAAGAGGAAGCUCUAGAUGGUGACAAGGACGGAUGGGUGAAUUUUGAUGAAGAGCUGAAAUGGACGAAAUAUGAAGGUGGCGUGGCGGGCUUCCAGGUAUUUUCCAACCUAUAUUUAACAGGCGGAGCUUUUACGGCGAUCACCCCUUUUCCUCCAGACGAUCCCUCUUCCUCAUCUCUUACAAACGAUGAAGAAGAGCCCACCGUAGAGUUCGAAAGUCCUUUUCCAGACACCAAGUUCAUCAUAUCCUCGGAUAAACGAGGGAUCGCUGCUGGACCUGAUAGGUGGAAGAUGGAGAAGCCUGAAACGGCAAGAUUAGAGUUCGGUCAGAUGGGUUAUAAGUUGGGUGGAGCGACAUUCAUCAUCAAUGACAAGCCAGGGAUUGAGGGCUAUCUCGUCUUUUUCAAGCAUUUCGCCACAGAGACCUUCCUGGGCGCAGCACGCGUUCUUGCAUCAACUUAUUCAACUGACACUCCCCACCAGGCGCCCCUACCAAAACGAAUUUGGUUCCCAAGGUGUGGUGUGAGUCCUAGCUGGAGAGAUGGACGAGGAGAAAAUUAUUGGUUCCUCUCUCGUGCUUUGCCUUCUGCUUCUAUUGAAGAUGCUACCCAAUUUACCGACCGCAGUCUGUCAGGGAUCACAAUUCAGUUCGAGAAAGUCGUUAUAAUCGAUCGUUGGGCGGCCCAUUCUAUCGGCGGUGACAAUGGCAAAUGGGGCAAGAUGAACGUUCUUAUUCCUACUGUCUUCGCCCAACCGAACUUCUUUGAUCCUUACCGUCAGAAUGUAGCCAAGUCGCUUGGUAUCACUGGGACCUCCAUUGAGACAUCAUUACCGGUCGUUGUAUACGUUGACCAUCAAAUAGGAACACCUCGUCUUCAUCCUGAGGAUCAUAUGGGUCUCAUCGAUGCCUUGAAGAGCCUGACUCCGUUGGCUGAGGUUCACGUUGUGAAGUUGAACGGCAUGUCCAAAUUUAAACGAAUUGAGUUAUUGAAUCGUGCUUGUAUUAUCAUAAGCUUACACGUGGAUGAACUCAUACACGCAAUGUGGAUGCCUACGAUCCCCGGCCGAUCGACUGUCAUCGAACUGUUUGAACAGGGUGGUUUUCGCCGUGACUUUGAGCUCAUGGCCACUUCUCUCGGUCAUCAAUAUGUUGCAAUUCAGUACGACAGGAUCCUUCUCGAGGAAGAAUGGCGUACGGGUGGCCCCUCUAUAGGGGAAGAAGCUAAAAAGGGUGAGGUAAGAGUCAAUCCAGAAGUGGUGAUUCGAGCGGUAGAAGAUAUCUUGACAAAGGACGAUGAGAACGCGGAGAUUGUUGGCAUCUGAGCACUGUUUGAACUGUUCGUGGUGCUCAGCUUUUUCUUCCUACAUGUAAACAUGAUACUUUCUCAUUUCAUAGCCACCAAAAGAAUCAAUAUGUACACAGAGAUCCA